GAAAAUAUGUUAGGGGAUUACUGUUGGUCCAUCAUAAGAAAAACUGAUUAAAAUAACUAUAAAAAGAAAGCAAAAUUUAGUAAUUUUUAAUUUAUUUUUGUAUUAAUUCUAAAAAAAUGUAUUUCUCUUUAAUUUAAUAAAUAUUUUUUAAACCAGACGUGACCGAAUUUUUUUAUUAUUUUUUCUGGAUAAUUCUACCUAAAUACAAAAUAAAAUAACAACUUUCAGCUGGGGUAUGAAAACCGUGUAAAUCAGUGUUAUUAUCGAUUACGAGUGUAUAAUAAUCGAAUCGGCACAUCAUUAGUGGAGGGUAUGGAUAAAAGUUUUCAGGUUAAGAUGCUGAUUAAUUAUUUUAUCCACUCAAACGUAAUCAUCCCAUAAAGAUUGUGUUACUAAUUUAUUAUUAUUUAUCAUAAGUUAUAAUGCCCGUUUUAUGUAGAACAGGCUGCGGUAAAAAAGCUGUACUGAAGGUAAAAAAAAAAACCUAACAUAGCAACUUCAUGUUAACAGUUUCAAGUAUUUUCUUCUAAUUCGCAUUACAUUUCAGCGGCCCAAAACAGGAGAUGCUCUUUGUAAAGAAUGUUUUUACCAUGCCUUUGAAGCAGAAAUACAUUAUACCAUUACAAAGGGAAGACUUUUUAACAAUGGUGAUUCUGUUGCAAUCGCUGCAUCUGGUGGAAAGGACUCUACUGUCCUGGCUCACGUCAUGAAAACACUAAACCAACGAUAUAAAUAUGGUUUAAAUCUAAUGCUCCUAUCAAUUGAUGAAGGUAUCACAGGCUACAGAGAUGAUAGUUUAGAAACAGUUAAGCAAAAUCGUGAUGAUUAUGAAAUGCCUUUAAAAAUUCUUUCAUAUAAAGACCUGUAUGGGUGGACGAUGGAUGAAAUUGUUGCACAAAUAGGAAGGAAGAACAACUGUACAUUUUGUGGUGUGUUUAGGAGGCAAGCUUUGGAUAGAGGUGCGGCAAUGUUGAAUGUGAAAUGUAUAGCGACUGGUCACAAUGCUGAUGACAUAGCAGAGACAGUCUUGAUGAAUGUAUUAAGAGGUGAUAUUGCGAGGUUAAAGAGAUGCACAUCAAUAUCAACAGGUAGUGAGGGUACAAUACCAAGAGUAAAACCACUUAAAUACACAUAUGAAAAAGAAAUAGUAAUGUAUGCACAUUAUAAGAAGUUAGUGUACUUUUCUACAGAGUGUGUAUUUGCUCCCAAUGCCUACAGGGGUCAUGCCAGGGCUUUGUUGAAAGAUAUGGAAAAAAUCAGACCUUCUUGUAUUAUGGACAUAAUUUAUUCAGGUGAAACAAUGGCAGUGAAGGAAGACAUUACUUUACCAACACAGAGGAUAUGCAUAAGAUGCAAAUUUGUCUCUUCCCAAGAAGUCUGUAAGGCUUGUGUACUUUUAGAAGGACUUAAUAAAGGUUUGCCUAGGCUUGGCAUAGGCAAAAGUUCCAAAGCAAAAAAAAUGCUUGAAGAGUACAAUGCAAAACAGGGACACACUACUAUUAAAGAAACCAUGCAAUAUUUAGAUAACAAUUACACAAAUAUUGGAAAUAUUGAAAAUUGUUUAUCUAAUGAUAAAUUAUGUAAGUCAAGAGUAUGUAAAGUUUCAAAAAACAAUACACAACUGAUUAAUAUUAGUGGCAAAUGUAAUAAUGGACAUUGUUCAGGACAAUGUAAAAAUAAUCAAUUUAGUAAAGAUAAAGAAAACAAAAGCAACACUAAAAUUAAUAUUUUACUGGAGCAGUAUGAAUUGAGUGAGACUUCAAAUAAUGUGACAGUUGGUCCAAGUCAUGCUAAUAUUUUAAAUGCUACUGACUUAGACAACCUAUAUCCUGAUCAAGAUGAAGACUCAUGCUCAGGUACAUGUGGAAAAAUGGGAUCAAUGCAGAUAGGAUUCUGAUAAAUAAAAAUAUAUUUAUAGCAAUAUCUCUAUUUCAUUAUAUGUAACAACUAAAUAUGACAUUAAUAAACUCUAUCCAAUGUCAGGUGCACUUAUUCAGACCAGUUUGAAAGAAUUGUAGUUUAAUAAAACUCUCAUUUUUGUACAUUAAAUAAACUAUCAGUGGCCCCAAUCUAAGCAUGUCUAAAAUCAUUAUCUUUUAGUAAGCUUCUUCAUGUAAUAAAAGCAGGAGCUCUAGACUGUAUUCUUUCACGGCAGAUAGGACAGUUGUCAGUUAUGUUGUCUGAGCAAUCUUCACAUAAACACACAUGACCACAUGGCAGCAAUUAACCUCCUUUGGAUUCUCUGUGCAUACUACACACAACUGCAUCUCUGAAAGGUUAUGUUCUCGAGCAUGAGCGCGCCUUUCUUUCCUGCCAAUCGCAAGCUGUUUCUUAACAUUAUCUUCCAAGACACGCCGACGGCGCCGCUUCAUGUACUUGUAUGCUAUUCGACAUGCCGCCACUGCAGCCACUGAUCCGAAAACAACUAGGAGCACUCUACAAUUCAACUCCACAGAUUACUUAAAAUGUUAUCAACCAUAUGUUAUAAAAGGGAAUUAUUG